CUCGGCAGUAUUCAGUCUCUUUAGAAACUUCUCCGGGGGGAAAGUGUGGAGAGAUCUACAAAGUGGAAUUUUUUUCCUCCUUUUUUUUUCCCCCCUUCAAUUUUCUUUUUCUUUUUUAACUCUUCUCCUGCAGCCUUUGCACACACACACACACACACACACAAAUCCAAACUUUUGCAGAAAACUUUUCUUGACAGCGCUGGAAGAGGAGGGGGGAGGCAAAGCGACCCAAUCAAAACACAAUGUGCUUUCAACCAGCCUCUCCAGCCGCCUAGCACUACCUGCUCUGCUGGGUUUCCUGAUUCUUUGCAGCCCUCCUGCCAGGAGCCCCUUCCGCAAAUAACUUUGCUCCCCACUUGCCCUCCUCGCCAAGCGUUGGAAACCUGCUGGGGGCAGGGCGGGGGUGGGAUAUUUGCUGCCGGUUUAGGGAGCCUUCACAACCCAGCUCUUUGCUGGCUUGUGAUUUAUUUAACACCCCCCCCCCACCCCCAACCUGUUGCAGCCAGGCUGUGCACGCUGGUUAUUUUGAGGCCAAAAUCAUCAUCAUCAUCAUCAUUCCCGGGACUUUUUUUGGAAUUUAGAGGGGGAUUUUUUUUUCCCUCCCACCCCUCCCCCUCUUUAAAAGCCAACUUUGCAUCCUCGCUCCUGCCUGGAAGAUGCUCCUGACCCUCUGCCUGCUGCUGGGCACGUGCCUCGGCUGCUCCCAGGGCCUGGGCUCCUUCGUGCACUGCGAGCCGUGCGACGAGAAAGCCCUGUCCAUGUGCCCGCCCAGCCCGGCGGGCUGCGAGCUGGUGAAGGAGCCGGGCUGCGGGUGCUGCCUGACCUGCGCCCUGGCCGAGGGGCAGCCCUGCGGGGUGUACACCGAGCGCUGCGCCCAGGGGCUGCGCUGCCUGCCCCGCCAGGGCGAGGAGAAGCCGCUGCACGCCCUGCUCCACGGCCGGGGCCUCUGCCGCAACGAGAAGAGCUACCGGGAGCAAGCCAAGCUGGAGCGGGAAUCCCGCGAGCACGAGGAGCCGACCACCUCGGAGAUGGCAGAGGAGACCUAUUCGCCCAAGGUGUACCGGCCCAAGCAUGGACGCCUCUCCGAGCUCAAGGCCGAGGCCCUGAAGAAGGAUCGCAGGAAGAAGCUGACCUUGUCCAAGUUCGUCGGCGGGGCGGAGAACACGGCGCAUCCCCGGGUCGCCGUCCCCGAGCUGAGGCAGGAGUUCGAGCUGGGCCCUUGCCGCAGGCAGAUGGAGGCUUCGCUGCAGGAGAUCAAAACCAGCGAACGAAUGACCCCCCGAGCCGUUCACCUUCCCAACUGCGACCGGAAGGGAUUCUACAAGAGGAAACAGUGCAAGCCGUCCCGGGGGCGGAAGCGCGGGCUGUGCUGGUGCGUGGACAAGUAUGGACUGAAGCUGCCGGGGACCAAUUACGUGGCCGGCGACCUGCAGUGUCACAGCUUCGACAGCGGCGUCACCGAGUGAAGGGCCUGCCCCGUCCCCUGCCCCCCGCCCCCACGCCUCCCCACGCCCCGGGACUCCGAACCCUUUCAUCUCAUUUCGAAAAACGGAAGAAACUGAGGACCUCGGAAUCUGCAGCCCGUCCUCGCCUGCUCGGCGACGGCGACUAAAGGAGAAGAGGAAAGCAGAAGUCAAACCGGCGCCGCCUUCCCAGUACAGACCCCCCCGAGAUGCCCCCAAACUGCUCUCGACUCCCCAUGCAGGGACGCAGCCAGCGCCAACGUAGGAAUCGACUUGGGGGCUUUUCUAUUAUGGGUUUGGUUUGGUUUGUUGAUAUGGGGGGGGGUGUCUUUUUUUGUUUGUUUUGGUUUUUAGACUAGCCAGCAACUUUCUAAACGGUCUCCAGCGAAAGCAGACAAAGCCCUGCGACGGGGUACACGUCCACCGCUCAGCCCUUGCGUUUGAGUGGCUUGCUUGGCACUGCCAGAGCUAAUAUUGCCCUCCACUGGCACUAAAAGUCCUUUGAUUGAUAUCUCUCUGGAGAUAGGGGCACAGCUUUCUGGGCAAUCGGUGUCUAGAACAUUGUUGUAAAUGGGAUUGCAUUUCGUUAGGAAACGAGGCCGGGGAUACCAGCUCCUGCCAGCAAAAAAUGGUUAUGGUUCCUUUAAAAAAAAAACCCCAAACCGGCCAAAAGAUAACAAAUCACCUUUCAGUUCCAUCGGGGAUCGUUGUCCCUGAGCAGCGUCAGGAAUCUGAUUUCCUGUCGCGUGAGAUUAUUUUAAAUGUUGUUGGCCAUCGGUGUGUGGCAAUUUAUGUUCUGUACGUUCUGUACGCCUUGCAAAAGUGGCCCCAGUCCUGCCGUCACGUGUGCUGAACCUUACGCACAUGAGCAGUCCUGGCAUUGGCCACUGUCGGCAGACAGGAUAUUGGGCUAGUCUGGCCGCUCUUGUGUCCUGUAGACAUUAACGGGCCUUUUCCCAUGCUUAAAAUCCUGCACUAGGUCAAGUAUUUGGAAAAUCAGCGCCCAAAUUCAGGCAGAAGGACCCCCCCACACACACACACACACACCAUCCUGCAAACAAUUUAGCAUGUGUAUAACUUUACUCACGGGUGCAGUCCCACAGACAGCUUUGCUUAAAUGGCUGUGGGAUCGGGCUCCAAAAUCUUUACCACCCUCUGCCAUGAUGGGAAAACGAAUGAUAUUGUCCUUGCCCAUCAUAAGAAUCAUUUGCCCGGGGUGUGUGCACACACCCACCCACAAAUGCAAACCUCUCUCUUCUUCUGUUGCAAUGGUAAAUUACAAAUGUCAAGUCUCUCCCCCUGCAAUGAGCUCCAUAGACACUUAGGCCUGGCAGAGCUUAUUUUGGGAUCGGUGCCCUAAUUUGGCCAGGACCGUUUGGCCAGCUUGUCGGCUGUUGUGACUGACACACGGAAGCCACUGAUCUGACCAACUCAAGCGGCAUCUUCAGGUGUGGCCAGGUCGCUGCAGCCUUUGGACUUGUGUAUUUUUUAACUCUUGGGACCGUUUUUUUUCCCCCCUACUUUCACCACGACAAGGGUCUUUGUUAAGGUCGCUUCCAACGAGACUCCGCAGCAAAGAGGACGGGGCGUUUGGCUGACUCCCUGCUUUGGCCAGCUAACGGCGCUCAAGCUGUCGCUAUCCAUUGCCUUGUCGCUGAGUGUGCGGGCGCGCCCACCGAAAGAACUAGCCCCCACCCGCAUCCUGGCAGAGGCUCCGACUGGCGCAGCUCGUUGCAAGCACGCCCAGGCAGCGUGCUAAUUAGAGACACGAAGAGCGUGCCGGUUUCUUCCCCGUACCAGCCAGGACGGGCCCUGCUUCGGGCUGAUCCUCAGGAAAGCCAGAGCGACACCCACAACACACUAGUGCAGAUCAAAGGGAACCAAGGAAUCUCCCCAAGCUAGACUGGCUACUGCAUGACCGGGACUUGUGGGGUUUCUUCCUCGACCUUCUCAGAGGAGCAUGGGUCUGGCAUUGCGGGGGCUGGGCAGUGCCUCCCUCCCGCACCGGGCUUUGGGCAGCAAGGGGGGCAGUGGUCGCCCCGCUGGUUUUGCUGAGCGGAGCAGAGGGUUUUGCCCCGUGGGAGAUCGGUAGGGAGUCUGUGUGUGGCAGCUCCCUCUGUCCGUGCUAUGACGCCGUCCUCCCAACACCAGAGCGUGCCGUGCUCACGGAGCCUGAUUCUCAGAUCCCCAGGCCCCUGCUCAGGGCAGAGGGCGCCUUGUAGUCUAGGGCUGGGCAGCCCCCAGCAUCAGUAGGGCAGCCUCAGGGCUGCUCUGGCUUACGCUCUGGCCCCAGCGCAGUGUGCUCUGGCCACCCUUCCUCCCACGGCCAGCCGGAGACGCAGUGCCUAGCGUUGUGCAGAGGGGCCGCAGUGCAACCGGGAACCAGGCCCACAGAACAGGCUCUGGAGAGGGAAGCGGAGACUUAGGUUCAGAGACGGGCAGUGAUUUGAGAGUGGAAACUGCCCCAAAUGCCCUUCUCCCAUCACCAGGUGGCGCCAUUUCCCAGGGCAAGGCUGGCCGUGCAGGUCCCUGGGCCUCGCCAUAUGAGAUGUGUCCCCGGUCCAGGGACCCCGCCCCACCCACACACAAACACCCAGCCCUAGCUUUGGUGCAGGGAGGUGCAGAAAGCUCGCAACACUUUUCCCUCGCCCCGCUCGCGUCUUCCAGGCUGCAAGCCAAAUGCGUGUAGGGGACGCAGGGUCACCCCCAGGUACUCAGUGGAGUUACAGGAGGCAUUUAUUCUAUGCAUGUCCACGGAUAGCACAUCCAUUGGGACCUGCCCCCCCCCCCCGGCCCACUCUAACCCCGUGAACCAUGAAAAAUGGGCCACCCUGCAGCCCUGGGCAUCUCUCCAACUUGUCCUGGAAGCUCUGGGCUACUUGAAGGGAGAGGUGAGCACACACUGCUGCGGCCGGGGAGCCCGCACAGUUCAAAGGCGUUGGACGUUGGUGGGCUGGGUCAGUCCACUGGAAAUGGAAAGAAGAGGGGACGUUUGCCAAAGUCACAGCUAUAUCCUGGUCCGGCUCUGCCCCCCACUCCCAGGGGCAGACCCGGGGUGAUCCCACCUGGCUCCGGAGGUCACUGGGUGCAUUAUAGGGGAGCCACAGCCUUGAAGAUCGGAGUAGGCAGCAGAGAAGAGAGCACGGGGGCCACGUACACCCCAAAGGGGGACGGACUGCACUAACAAAGCUCUCGCCUGGGGAGGCAGUGUCCCCAUCCGCCUGGCUUGGCCAGUCCCUGUGCCGCGCACCCUCCCCAAGUGACCCCGAGUCCUGAUUCUUUUAGGCCAGUACCCACCGUCUUCCCUUCUCGUGCUUUUUCGCCUUUGCUUGUUCAUUUGUUUUGCUGUUGCUUUAGUCCCCGAAACUUGAAAGCUGCGAAAGCCUGCCUGGGCAGGUGAUGUGCCCCGGGGCCGGGCUGGGGUCUCACCGUGUCUGCACUCAGCUAGGGAUGGCAACUACUGGCUGGGGGGGGGGAAGGGUCACUUCCAAGCUGUGUCUUAUAGCUCGCACCCUGAGCCCUUUUAUUGAAAAGUUGAUGGGGCAAAGAUGAGUCUAAAUUUGACUCUCGGCUACCCCAGGGUCAAGCCCCAAGCCAUUGCAGUCAGUAGCACGGCUCCCAUUGCUUUUACUGGGGGGAGAACUUGGUCCUCGCUUCUCUGCUCUCAGAGGUGUUUACGGGGGGGGAGGGGGAGAGAAAAGGACUGUCUCUGUGGCUCCAGUGGGAUCCCCCGCACGGUACACACCGGGGGGGGGGGGGGCACUAGACAAAUGCUGGGCCUGGGUCAGCAGCCUAGGAAAAGCCCUGACUCUCCACGUUAAACAGCUGAGCGUCGCCCCCAUCUCACUGGCUGCUGCCCCAACCCCGAAUGACGCCCCCCCACCCCCUUUGUACUGGGUGGCCAAGGCAGUUCUGCCGGGAGGAACAACCCUGUGCCGCCGUGGGCCUGUUUCCCCCAGCCUGAGUGGCUCUGGAGGUUGGCGCUAGCUGGUGGUGCUACAGCCGGCCGAAAGCUAAUGCUCUUCUGCCUCAGUUUCCCCCCCUGCUGAAGUGAUCUCCUGUGUGCCUGUGAGCUCAGCCCAGGGGGGAGGCACAGCCAGCCAUGGCCCCGUGUUACGGCUGCCAGUGGGAUCCCCCCCCCCGAAGCAUUAAAGCCGCCCAUCGGCCUGCCGUCACUCAUGAAAGGCCUGGAAAGGGGAUUGAGGCUGGUGCAGAUUCAGGCUGUCCCAAGGCCUUCUGCUUCCUGGGACCCCAGCAAGCACGCAGUGAUUGGGGUGCGGGGCUGUGCAUUCCCCCCCAUUCCCCCCCGUCUAUCAGCAUAGGGGUCCCUUGCCCGACAACGAGAGACUGAGUGGGCCAGCCCAGGGAAAGGGAACCCAGUGGAGACACAGCCCCUUAGGUGCCUCGCCCACACAGAGCUGUGGGUCUCUGCCGUCAUUGCUCCCAGACCCAGCUGCACGGUCCCCUUCGGAGGAGCCCGGGGCUGAGCCCGGAGAGAGGCAGAUGCCCGGCUGCACAGAAGGGCUGUCAAUACUCCCUAGGGCCGUGACUGUGUGAAAACUGCACUAAGAUUCGCUAAGCAGGAUUGAGCCAUGUCCCGGGAAGUGGCUCACCAGGCCUAUGUGACCCUCCCACCUUGCCCCAGGACAGGAGUUUGUUUUGGGGGAAUGGUUUGGGUUUUUUUUAAGGGUGGAUCGAGCAAACCCAGACGGGAAGACUCCCUCCAGUAACGGCUUAAUCCCCGGGGAGGCGCCGGUGAUCUCUGAGGCACAUUUCACCUCUCGGUGUCCUUCUUGCCUGAGUCUGUGGCAAUGAAAGAAGCUGGGGCGGGGGGCAAAGGAGGAUCUAAUGGGGUUCAGAUUGAAAGCAAGGCCAGGGCGUGGUGGUGAGCAAAUAGCUCCUCUCCGGCGGGGUUAUUCCGUGUCUGUGCUGCGGCAGGCAGUCUGAUUUUAAAACCACUAGUACAAGAGCAUUUUGCACUAUUUCUCCUCUCUCGCACGGUUGUUUUUUCCCGAACGGAGUGUGUCGAUUUCAACACGCGACAGUUCACCUUGAGUCCAGCCCUCCCCGGAUGAGCCCCUUGGCUUGUAGUCCAGUGCACGGCACUGCCUCUUGCCCCAACCCCUGCCCCCCCGGCCUUGGUGCGGCCUGUCCACAGUGCAGUUAUCUACCAUUGUAGUACCGCCGUGAACACACCAGAUUCCGAGAUCCCUGCCUGGUUUUUAAUCUUUAAGCAAUACUCACUACACAUUUUACGGUAGCUUUUUAUAGCUUUACAUACAUACAGUAGCUCUGUUUUGUUUUGUUGUUUUUUUUUUUUUUCGUGUGUGUGUUAUCGUUUUUCCAGUAAAGAAGAAAUAUACAUAAUCGUACUGGUGGGGAAAAAAGAAAAAAAAAGCAGUUUGUGAAAAACUGACAACGGAUGAGGAGCUUAAUGCUCUGUUUUGUACUUUUAAAAACAAAUCUCACGUUUUAUUAAAAAGUGAAGAUUGCUGUAUGCUAUUUAUUCAACUUAUAAUUUAUGUUACUCUUUGAUCUUUGUCUUUUCUCAUGGCAAAGCAUUUAUUUAAUAAAGUUAUGCAUUCAGUUAG